AUGGUAAUCAGUCGUGAGCUCUUUGCUCGUUUGGCUAUUCCUUCGAAUGGCACCGUGAGGCCAGAGGACGUCAUCCAGACCGAGAUUGUGCCUCUUGCCGACCGGGCCAUCCCAAUCAUUGUAGCCAACGUGUUAUUGACAGUUGUUACAACGCUAUGGACUGGUAUGCGGCUUUACAGUCGGCGGAAGAAGGGGCAGUCGUUUACGGUUGAAGACAUCCUUACUGUUGUUGCACUGGCCGCCUACGGUGUCCAGACUCUCUUCGCCAUCUGCCUCGGCUUCAUCAAGAUUGGCAUCACCCUCAUGCUUCAGCGCGUCUUCUUCGUACGAACCUUCAAGAUAGCUGCAAGGAUUACAACGGGCCUUUGCGUUUGCUGGAUGCUCUUUACCAUACUUAUUGGCAUCUUCAUCUGCCAACCUGUGGCCAUGAACUGGAACCCAGCUACUCCCGGCGGCAAGUGCGGCGAUCAAAACGCCGCCUUCGCGGCGGUGGGCUAUUUCGACCUCGCAACGGACCUGAUCAUUCUCAUACUCCCAGUCCCAAUGGUAUACAAGCUGCACUUGCGAUGGCCGUACAAGGUAGCUCUGUAUUUCAUCUUCGGAGCUGGCGCGUUGACCAUGGUAUUCGGCGCCCUUCGCCUCAAAAACGUCCUGACCAUGGACUUCACCGACGUGACCUACUCUCAAGUAGGCGUGGUUUUUAUGGGAACUCUGGAGCCCGGCGUCGCCAUCAUCGUCUCGAGCAGCCCGCUUCUGAAGCCAGUAUUCGACGCCACCAUCGGCCGCUUCUGGUCCCUCCGCGGCUCGACAGCGAAAUCCACUACGGGAGGAGGCGCUGCGAAACCCACCACACUCCAGACUAUCGGUCAGUCUGGGCUUCUUGGGUCCAAACUCUCUCGAGCUGCGGGCGGUGGCGGGGGAGGGAGGUUCAGUCAGAUGCACUCGACGCACAGCGACGAGGACUUGGAGCUGGAUAGACUGCGAGAGAAGAGACACAACGUCGCAGUUGUAGUAGCCCAGGGAAACCAAUCGGAGGAGAGUAUGGUAAGAGAUUUCAAGGCUAAGGGGGACGAUGCGUCCGGUUCAGACGUUGGGAUUUUGGUGACGAACAGGACGAGUGUUAUCAGCGAGGAGAGGGGCAAGGCACUGUAA